AUGCAAAGGGAAUUAAUGUUACUGGACGAUCGUGAAGUCGACUGUUUGGACAAGAAAAGAGAAUCUUCUCAAGUUGAUGAUGAUUCAGAGUCGAAGAAACAGAAAACAUUGAAUAUUGCAGAGGAACUGGCCAAGAAUAGGAAUAAUAAUACUAGUAAUUCAAGUUUGGUAUUGAAGUCGAAUUCUUCCCAAUCGCCAACGCCAAAUGCAGAACCUCAGAAUCAAGCUCAAUCAAUUGAACCACAAGUAUCACACGUCUCACAAGUGAAAAUUUCAUCUCUAUUAUCUGACGAAGGUCCUUCAGCAACUACUGCCAUGGACACAAAGGAACUGCUACAAACUCCAACUGUGUCAACUCCUUCGAUAAAGAAACCAAUUACAAAGACACCGGCUACCGCGCCCGUGAAGAUUGUACCAAGCCCUGCAUCCAAAGCAAAAAAAUCAAAUUCAAUAGAUUCCAUUCUCACGAAAACAAAAAUUAAAUCAAAAUCAGUAACAAAUACUCCCAUCGCCAAGAAACAAGUUUUAACAACUACAACAGUAUCGAAAUCAAAGGGAAACACACCAAAACCGAAAUCAAAAAGUGCAUCGAAAUCAAACUCAUCAAAAAAUAUAAAUUUAAAGACGUUAUCAUCUACUACACCAGCUAAUGAUGCUGCAACGCCAUCAGCAACAGCCUUAAAGAAGGAAAAAUCAAUAAUAACGGAUAAGAAUAUACCGAAACUUCAACCAUCUGCUGAUAAAAAUGAAAAUACAAUUGAUAAAAAAUUACCUAAAGUUUUAUUACCUGCAUCACAAAUUGAAAAACCAUCUCUGUUGGGGGUGUUUGAAAAUAAUACUAAUAAUACUAAUAAUAAACAGAAAGACGAGGACGCUGAGCCUGUUGUAAUAUUGAACAUACCAUUGUACCCGGCAAAAAAUGAGGACUACCUGGAUGAGAAUGGGCAAGUUGUAUUCAAUUUUGCACAAAUUGAAAGAUCGCGGUUUUCGAAAGAUCUGCCACCUAAGACUAAGGAUUUGGAUGAGUUAAAAGCAGCUAAAAGAAAUUUAUUCAGCGAUUUGAACGAAACUACUGGGAAAUAUGAUGGCAUUGAUGGACAAGAAGAAGAUUUGGAGAAUGACGACUACGAUGAUGAUGAUGAUGAUGAAAACGAAGAUGAAAUAGAGGAAGGCAAGUUAACAACCUCUCCAUCAAAGAAAAAAUCGCAUCCGAAUAAAGGUAAGAACUUGAUCGGUAAAUAUGAUGUAGAAGAUCCUUUUAUUGAUGACUCCGAAUUAGCCUGGGAAGAACAGAGAGCUGCAACAAAAGAUGGGUUUUUUGUUUACUUUGGUCCAUUAAUCGAAAAGGGUUACUACGCAAGUUUGGAAAGGAUCAAUGGUAAAAUGAAAAGAGGAGGGAUUAAAAACUAG